UCACGGCUUUCCCCGCCGCCCACAAGUCGCACCCACCACCGCACUAUCGAUCGGUCUCCUCUCCCCGCGAAUAGCCGCCAUGCCGCGCCUGACGGUCUCCUCCUCCUCCUCCGGCCGCCACCCUCCGCCACCGCUGCCGGACGGAGUGGAGCUGAGCUGGAAUCCCUCCUCCUCAUCGGCGGUGGCGGAGUCCCCCAUGGCGUCCCUCAUCGAGCGCGCCACCUCCACCACCGCUCCCUCCGUCGACCCGGCCCUCCUCCGCGCCAUCAAGUCCUCGGCCCGCGCCUCAGACGCCGCCAUCCGCGACGCCUUCCGCCUCCUCCUCUCCCUCAUGUCCAAGCCCCACUCCCACGUGCGGCUCCUCGCCUUCAUCAUCGCCGACGAGCUCUUCAUGCGAUCCAAGCUCUUCCGCUCCCUCCUGGCCGACGCGCUCGACGGCUUCCUCCCGCUCGCCGUCGGGUUCCGCCGGGCACACCCGCUCCCGCCGCCGGCCGCCUCCGCCGUGCUGCUCCGCAAGGCCGCCAUCCAGGCGCUCGAGCGCUGGCACCACUUCUUCGGCGCGCACUACCGCCAGCUCCGCCUCGCUGUCGAGUACCUCAAGUCAGCUCGGGUCCAGUUCCCCGGCCUCCGUGCCACCAUUGAGGCUCGCGCUGUCCGUGAGGCUCGCACGCAGGAGAUCCUGGCCGCCAAGGUUGAGCAGCUGCGCGAGAGCCUUGCCUCGAUCAAGGCUGAAAUCCGGUCCACGAUUAAUGAGAUCCGCAAUGGGUUGGAGAUCAUCCUUGCCAAAUAUGAAAAGUUUGAGGGUUAUGUGAACGACAAGGAUGAGGAGCAGGAGAUUGUGUCUCUGUCGAUGCGGAGUAUUAGGAUGGCGUCAUUGAUGGCUGGGGAGUGGGUAUUGGAGACUCAGGAGAAUGAGGCAGUUUUUUAUGCACUGAGGGAAGCGUACCGGUUGCUUGUGUCGAAGCAUUUGGUCACUGUCCAGGAGUGGAUAUCUGUGCUUGUGAGGGUCGAUCUUCUGGAUAACCGGUUCAGAGAUUCUGCAUUGAAGGAGUUCAUUGAUGUUAAGAAUGAGAUACGGGCAGUGAGAGAUCGGUGCAGUGAGCUUGGUCUUGACCUUGAUAAUGUUCAUAGGCGAAAGGGCGACCAAGAGGAGGAUGACGACUUUUGGGUGGAGGGAGACAUAGAGGUCCCUAAUCCUGCCAGAGUCCAGAGCAAUAUAGAUGUUACAAGCACCAGCAAGGACACCGGAAAAGGAAAGAGGGUGGUGGGUGGAGUGAAGUCUGAUAUUGCUAAGGAACAAGUUGCUAGUAAUGGAUCUAGAAAUCUUGACCCGGAGAAAUCAAGGCUCGUAGCAGAAGCCCCUGUGGUGCCAUGGAGCUCUGUAUUGGAUUGUUGGGGCUCUAGUGGGGAUGCACAUGUAAACCAGAGGGGGCUUGAGCUCGAGAGCCAUUGGGGUAGGGUGGAUAAUGAAGCUGUUAUACCUGCAGCAAAGAUUGCUGAGUUGAAUGUUCAUAGUUCAGUUUAUAAAGAAGCCCCAGUUGAGAUCCUACCAUGUCAUGCCCCUCUAAAGAAAGGAGGACUUUGCCAGAGAAGGGAUCUUAAGGUAUGUCCUUUUCAUGGACCCAUUGUCCCACGUGAUGCUGAAGGAAAUCCAAUUGAGCAGAACAGUAGCAGUUGCGACGCAGAAGUAAAUCCUAUUGAGCAUUGUGACACAGGAGGAAAUUCAAAUGAGCUGUAUGGAAGUAGUGAUGGUGAAUAUAUCAAGUAUUCAUCUUCUUCAAGAAUGACAAAUAUAAACAGUGAUUAUGGAGAUAGUGAUGGAAUUCAUGAUGUUAGUAAAAUUACUGUAGAGCAGUUGGCGAGACAGGCAAUUAAAAAUGUCCGGAAAAGUGACAUGGAUCACAAAACAUGGGAAAGAGCCCAACGUGCGAGAAUCCGUCAGCACAAUGAAGAGGUUCUGCGGGACGCAGCGAUUGCUUCAACUUCCCACUCUGUGGCAGCCUAUGAGCAGCCUCCGGAAGCACUGGGUCGACAGGGACGCCGAGGUAAGACAAAGGUGCCAACACUGGCAUCGAUGCUGAAGAAGAAAGUUACCACCAAAGAUAGAAUCGCGAAGAGGCUUCUGAGCGCUCGUGCUACGGAUGGAACAAAAAGAGAGGUUUCUCAGAACGAAGAUAUGAGUUACAGGGAAGCGUUUCCAAAUCAGUGGUAGCAGAAGCAGCUGAUUUCUUCUUGUAUAGACUGGAUAAACACGAUAGCAAUGAAGUGAGUGUUUUUUCUGUGUACAAUUGUCAGCUAAAUAAUACAGAAUCGUUUGCUGCUUAGAUCAGCCAAAACUGUAGGUAUAAUUUCGGAUAUUCAGUUCUUGUACAGUGGAUCGAAUAAGUUCCUUCUAUAUUUCUUUUCUGUGUUCAAUUUUCCA